CUGUUUAUAGGCACAGUUUUCUAGGGCGGCAGAGCAAACUUGGGAGGGAGAACAUGGUCGGUCUUGAAAGCGAUCAAGGCUCGAACGAAUGUGGUCCAAAUAUCAACAGAUUUUUGUUCCAUCAACGCGAAGAGACCAUCACGCACAAAAACAAUCGACUCGGAGAGUUUGAGAAGGUGACGAAUUGAUCAAUCCACUUAGAACCUCUGUGGCGUGAUCCCACAAAUCCAAGAGUCCUUCACCUUCACCAACUUGUGAGUGCUUGCCAGAUUUUGGAACAAGAGCUUUGGAAUUCCCUAAAAGAUUGGUCACCCCUUCAACACCUCACCCUAAACUCCAAGGCGCGAAAGAACGGGUACACAUCGUUGGUGUGACUCACUCUUGCCUCCAAAUUCUGUCUAAAUUGCGGAGCCAUUCGAGUUCAAGCAAAAGACCUGACAUUUUGGCAAGCUCAACUUCAAGGGAUUUGUGCCAUGUGGAGCCCAUUAUUAAAAACGAACGCUCGACCUUCAAAGUGGGUCGAAACUUGCUAAGGAGCCGGAAAUUGCAUUCUACGCUUGAAAUCCUGCUCAGGCAGAAGUUUAUUACAAGUCGCUCAUUCUCAUUGGAGAGCGAUCCAUUUUGCAUAAUUGGCUAGAAGAAUACACGUCAGAUCGCAUUUCCGGCGGCUGUCAAGGUGCCAUAAGAGUAAGGCUAACUUGAACAAGCAAAAGUCGCCACCCAAAAGUGCUCACCCUGACACACGGGACUUGUUGCAUAGCAAAUCUUUCGUCUGCAGUGAAAUCAUGGAGGGUGACGAAGGCACCAGCUCAGUAUCAAUUUUCGAAGAAGAAAACUCCACGAACAUUUCGGUCGAGUCCGAGCUCUUGAGUGACAACCAACAUGCCAAGCAAGUGCUGAUUUGGCCCAUGGAGAACUGCACCCUGGAGUUUGGCAACAGUUCCGUGGCUGCGGAGUAUAACAUUACAUGUCUCAAUCAUGCUCCCGUCCUCACGAGCACGGCUGAAAUGCGAGUGUGGAUUUUGGCAUUUAUGUGCAUUUUCUCCAUUUUCGGGAAUGUUCUCACUAUUGUGGCCAUCUUCAGAGACAAACACCGCACCUCAUUGUGUACCUUGAUACUUCAUUUGAGUAUUGCCGAUUGUCUGGUGGGCGUGUUUUGUCUUGGCGGGGAGGCCAUUUGGACAUACACAGUAUCUUGGAACUAUGGCAAUAUCCUGUGUAAACUACUCAAGUUCUUUCAGAUGUUGGGCUUGUACGUUUCGACCUUCAUGGUUGUCGUGGUUGGUGUGGAUCGAUGGCAAGCCAUAACUCAUCCCUUACAAAGAUCUCAAGCCGGGAAGCGAAGAUUUCAUCUCUACAUUGCUUCAGCUUGGUCAUUGAGCAUCUUUCUCAGCUUGCCUCAGCUGCUGAUCUUCAGAGUCUCGAAAGGGCCAUUCAUCGAGGAGUUCUAUCAGUGUGUCACCUAUGGAUUUUACACUGCCCGAUGGCAAGAGCAGCUGUAUUCCAUCUUCAAUCUCGUCUGCAACUUUAUCAUCCCUCUGGUCAUUCUCAUCUUGACGUGUUCAAGUACUCUAGUUCGCCUGAAAGACAACGAGCGAGGUUUCCACCCACCGAGUGCAACGCCCGCGAGGUCGAAGGCUUCAAGCAACAACACAACAACAACAUCUUCUGCAGCUACAACUGGCACAACCACUACGUCGUCAUACCUCAGCCAAGCAGAACAAACUCGACAGAAAAAGAUGAGGAGAGCCACGAGGAGAUCGCUUCAUAUGUCCCUAUAUAUCGUGGGAGCAUUCCUGGUGUGCUGGAUUCCCUACUAUGUCGUGUCGAUGAUCAUCAUUUUCUCUCCCAAUCCUGAGAAAGUUCCGCCAAUGCUUUUGGAUGGUAUCUUCUGUUUCGGCAUGUUUAACAGUCUCCUCAAUCCAAUCAUUUAUGGGGCGUUUCAUCUGUGGAAACCUCCGACAUCUCAAUCCAAUGGAAUUACGGAACUCAAGUCAGUCCGCAGGAAGUUCUCGUCCAAGUCCAGUUUUCUGUGCCAAUCCACCAGCACGCCCACGGGGGGAAUGAUGCCUGGAAGAUCGUCCAUGUUGUUACGCACACCUGCGUCAUCUUCAAGUCCGGCGCAACCUCUCGGAAAGAAUUCGUUGGGCUUGCGGAAACCUCCCGUUCAACGCUGUCACACCACUGAGAGUAGCUCGGUCCUUCUCAAUCACAAUAGCCGGUCGGACACCCCCAAAAGCAGCCCUAAUCCCAGCCAUCCCUUGGGACGAGGAACUUUUAUGCUCUCCCGUUGUGCGACUUUUGAUGUUCCCACGUCGAAAGUGGAUCGACAGAAGGUAUCAAUGAAGCGCCGACAAAUCAAGGAGAUUAAUAAGGGACUCGAAGAUAAUAGGACUCAUCGUGGAAAUGGAUCCCGGCAUCUUGAAAAUGGUUCCCACGAAUAUACCUAUGAUUACACGCAAGAGAUCCUGGGGGAGAAGGAUGAGAUUCUGAAUUGUUCAAAACUAGACUAGGGAGAGGAACCUAAUUCUACUCUCUUAAAUGUUGCAUUAACGUCGUUAUCCAAAAUGUAUUAUUGAAAAUAUCAACGUGUUCGCUUGUUUGAUGGAAAAAGAAGUCACUUUAGAUAUUGUAGAUGCAUUCUAUAUUUAUUGUUA